UGACGUUGGCCAAUAAUGAUAAAGUUUGUCAAACACAAACAGCAGCAGUAUUAUCUUCAGCAACGACAGCAUCAGGACCAGCAACUAAUUUCGUCACAACAACAACACCAGGAGUCGUCGUCCACUUCCACCAUCUUGUCGUACUCUUCCUCGUAUAAAUCGGCCAAGAAUUUUUUCAAGAAAAAGGGCGAAUCAAAUGACUCGGGUACUGAAUCUGAUGGCGAUAUCUUAGAUGUGGAUACAAAACAUCAUCAACGUCACUUAGAGUUGGAUAUGGAAACUAGUUUUAGUUCCUGCACCGAUGCAAACUCUCCGACCGAUACAAUUUGUUCAUCAGAAUCUUCUGCGAUGAUGUGUAAAUCCCACCUUCAGUACGAUCAGCACAGUUCCGAAGAAGAACUUGAAGUUAUCAAUGGACCCUCGUCUGUAGCGGCUGCUGAGGCGGCGCAUGCCGCCAGCAAUGUGUUGACAGUGCGUGGCACAUCGUCGCUGAUAUCAGAACGUGGGACUUCAUCACUGGAUCCCGAUGAGUUGCAGGGAGAAGCAGCGGCCUUGAAAAGGUCCAGUUCAACAUUAGUAGAGAAUCGUAAACGAUCACUGGCACACAGUUCCGAUGAUGAUUUACGAAAUUUCUUGGAACCGAUUUUAACGCCUGUCAACUUUCGCACAUCACCGCCUUUGGAGGCUUUCAAGCCGAACCGUAGCCACAUGUAUCGUUCGACAACGCCACUCAUACUGCAGGAGGCACGUUGCGGCAUUGAAAAUAUUAAGUUAUGUGAUAAUAGUGUUAAUGAUGAAAACGGUGGAUCAGCCGUUGGCAACAAUGGCGACUCGUCCUCGGCUAAUUGUGCCAUGGGCACCGAGGAGGAGAAUGCCGAAAACAAUGAGGGUAGCAGCAGCAUUAUCAAAAUGAAAAUGAGCGGUUCGACCAGCAGUCAUCACAUUUAUCAACCUCAAGCCAAGCAUAAUUUUCAUUUUAAUAGUUCGCGCAGUAGUCCUGCCUCCACGACUGGUCUCGAUGUUGAGGUACGGUCGGUUAGUCCACCGGCGAAACUCUUCCAUUGUGCAAUAUCACCUAGACGCCGACCCAUGCGCACACCACACAAUUCACAGCGGCUGCAGAGACCGCACAGGCCAUGUUUAGAUUUUGAUAAAAUGCAGCAGGUUAGUUUGUAAUGUAGCGCCAAAUCAAAGACAAAAUUUCAGAACAGCAACAACCACAACAACAGCAGCAGCAGCAGUAACAACAAAAACUAUCACUAUCAUCAUCGUCGCCACCAUCACCACCACCAACACAAUCAUCAUCAUCACAGCCACAACCACAAUAAUAAUAAUAACAACAACUACCACCAGCAUUACUAUCAGCAGCAACAACAAACAAUGUCAAGCGGGAGAAUGUCUUCUUCUUCUACUUUUCAUGCUAAUAUCAAUAAUACUGAGAUAGCAACAACAAUAGUACCGGAUACCAACUACAACAACUAUAAUCACAACUAUUACUAUUUCUACAAUACUACAACGUCAGCAGGAGCAACAGCAGCAGCUGGAACCCAAUUUGUGGCCACCCAUAAAAUAUCAAUAGCAAAAACCACAACAGCAACAACAAGCGAAUGUGUACCUAAAAUUCUGCAAAUGCAUACGGAUGCAACAUCAUUAUCAUCGUCGCCGUCUUCGUUGCCACCACCACCAUCAUCAUCAUCAUCAACAACAACGCCAGCAGCAGCAACAUUUUUUGGAGCAAUCACAGAAGAGGUUGGUGUUUGACAACUGCUAGAAGGAAAGUCCACAUUUAUAAGUGAUAUCAAUUCAAAUCAAUAAUAGGAUCCAAUGCAAGUAGCAUAACCUCAAUUCAUGUAUUUUAAAAGAGUGGCAUUUUCAAAAUUCAUUCCAGUGUCACUGGAUAUUAUUACCAAUGAUUGGUAAAAUGUUCCAGAUACUUGGUCUAGCAUCAUGCCUCGAUUUUAUGUUGUUAAAUUGAUGAUGAUCAUUGCAUUAAUGUGGAAUAUAUUACUAAGUAAUAUUAGUUCAUAUUUUUACAAACCUAAAUUUGUAUAAUCUACACAUAAGGAAACCCAGAAACCCGGAUGCUCUGUUAACGAACAGUCGUAUAAGGAUUAUAACGAAGAUCUCUUAUAAAUUAUGAUUGGUUGUAUUACAUUUUCGUUAUAACCCCGCCCCGACUGCACAUAUCUCUCGCAAAUCCUUUAAUACUUUGAAUUCUCUUUGAAAUUGUUUCUCCAAAAAAUUUAUUAAUUGUUAUUUUUUAAAGAAUUGUUUAAAAAUAAGUAAUACUUAUUUCAAUGUUUAAGCAUAAAAUGAAUUACAAAUCUAAUAAUUUUAAUAUAUGUAAACAUAAACUUACAUCUAAUAAGGCAUUAAAAUUUUGAUUUAAAACCAAAAGGGAAUUUCCAAAAUCAAAACGAACGUUGCAUAAACGAAUCACUGUGAUCUACAACUACUAUGUGACAAAUUUUUGAUUUGAAAGCAAAAACUUGAAUGGAAAACUUUCGGAGAUUUUGUUGGAACAUUAAGACCAGACAAGAAAAUUUUAUAAAUAUCUUCUUUUCAAUGUAAAGAAAAUUGAAAUUAUUUCAUUUAAUUUUUUUUAGUAAAUUAUUUUUUUUUGCAAACCUUAUAUCAUAACUAUUCAAAAUACAUAUAUAUUAAUAAUUAAUUAAAAUAAUUUAAUGGAAUGUAUAUGAAUAGUUCAUUUUGUAUCAGUGUUUCAAAUGUCAAACGUUAUAUUACCCUUUUGUAUUUUUCGAUUUUUAAUAACGCUAUGAAUUUAUGAAUAUCAUCUGUGAAAUGAUGUGUAAAUAAUAAUCCAAGAAGUUAACAGCUUUCGGGGUUGUCUUGUUUAUAAAAUUUUAUAACUUACACAUCCUUUCCUUGAAGAUAAAAUCCUCAGAAUAUGAAAAUAUUAAAAACACAGUAACCUCGAAAAGCCCUACUUUUAAUUUGUCUCUGUAUGUUUGGUAUAAUUAAAUGUUGUCGAUUUUUUUAAGUUUAAAACACAUUUGAAAUCUCACUUUAUAUAUCUUGUCUUUUACCGAUUUCCAACUGCUGAUCUGAUUGCCAAAAUGUGAUUUAAGCUAUUAUUAAUUAUAAUUGUGAUAUUUUUCGAUGUGAAAUUCUCCAAGAGAUUUUGAAAUAACAUUUUAUUGCCUUUGUUUGUUUUAAGUAACAUUUAACAAAUAACACAAUUUGAUCUCAAUUUAUAAUAUUAUAUUUUAAUAAUGUUUUUUUAUGUUUGUUUAUGCGUACAAAACGUUUCAAUGUUUUAAGAACUUCCCAUAAGACAAUGAGCAAGAUGAAACACUAUUCGAAUGCAAACUUUAGUCGAUGCAAGCUUUUUGGUGGAGUUUAUAUACAUUUUAUGUGUCUUAGACAAUAAAAUGAAACAAGUUGAAUUUUACUCUUUGAAAAUGGUUAAACCCUUUCACGUGUCCCAAAAUUUAUUUCAACCUGUAACCUGAAGUCGAUGUAAAGGGCCUUUGUAGACGAAGGAGGUUGUAGCUAGUCAAUGUCUCUUCGACUGGUUGAUCAAGCAACAGCCAGCCACUCCUGACUAGUUAAUGUGUCAUUUCAUUCUCGGAAAUGUGACUGUAGCUGGGGUACUAACACAGCUUAAUGACGCCUGAGUCCAUUUAAAACCCAUUGUCUAUCGACAUGUACAUGGUUCCAUUAUUGCGGGAAUUUCAGCCCAAAAAAUCUUCGACUGAUAGAUCAAGGUACUGUGAGCCACCUAGGAAGGUACAUGAGCCAUUUCAUUCUAUGCAAUGUGACUUUGGCCGGAGUUUUAACAAAGAGUUUUAACAAAAACAAUUCAUGUAUCUGUAUAAUGCUCAUAAAGACCUCUACAGUUGGUGGUGCUUUACCUGAGUCCAUUUAUAACCCCUUGACUAUCGAACGGGUCCUUCAAUACUACAUUUACAUUUACUGCGAGAAUUUCAGCCUAAAAACUCUUCCCUUCUAGAGGUAGACUAAGUGACUGUGAGCCACAAUAGCCAGUUCAUGAGUCAUUUGAUUCUCUGCAAUGCGAUUGUGUAUGGGGAUCCUUUAUUGUGUCAAGCAUCUCUAAAAACCUCAUGAAUAGCUCUGGAUUUUGUGGUGCAAUACUUGAGUACAUUUAGAACCCCUUGAGUUUUGCAUAUAUAGUAGCGGUUCCUACAAUACUACCUUGUUGCAUGAUUUUCAGCCUGUGAGCCACCCUUGCCAGUUCAUGAGUCAUUUCAUUCUCUGCAAUGCAACUGAGUCUGGGGACCUAUUAAAGCUUAAUUGUGUCACGUACCUCUAAAAGUCGCAUGAAUAGAACUGGCUUUUGUGGUGCUUGAGUGAGUAACAGUUUCUGCAAAACUACCUUGUAGAAAGAAUUUCAGACUGAAAACUCUCAUUUUAGACCGCCGGAUCAUGCGACUGGUAUGUCACUCCUAGCUAGUUCAUCAGUGAUUUCAUUUCCUGCAAUGUGGCUAUGGACGGGGACCAAAAAAGUUAAAUUGAGUCCCGUAUCACUAAAAUGUUCUGGAGUUUGAGGAGCUAUAUUUGAUUACGGUACUCCUAUACUACCUUCUUGCUUUCCUUGUUGCGAGAAUUUCAGUCAUAAAAUUCUUUUCUUCGACCUGUGGAUCAAGCUUCUAUUGAGUCACCCCUAGCUAGUUCAUUAAUCAGCCAUUCCCUUACCUGACCGGGAUUCGACCAAAGCUUAAUGGAGUCACGCUCUAGUUCUGGAGUACACUGAGAACUUUCCGCAAUCAGAAAUUCUCUCGAUUUUUUAUCCACAACUUCCUGUUCAGCGGAAGUUUGUCUGUCAACAUAUAUGUGGUCGCAGGGCUUGUAGUGUUACUCUUAAGAUCUCUAACCCACCAGAACCACUUCUAUUUGGGCUUCAGUUAUAGUUAUCCAAAAAGCCAGUCAGGUGGAAACUGCCUUCCCCAAUGAGUUAUCAAUAUUCACAGUUCACAGUUCCUUUAUGUCCAUUUUUCCACAAGGGUAUUGUUCGCGUUCGACGCAUCCUAUAGAUUCUAUGUUAAUCGUAAUCCUAUGGUAACAAUUGUUGGACAAUCACCAAAAACUAUAAGUAUUUGUAGUAUGUAGAAAAAGAGGUUCCCGAGGUUGGUUUGUAAAAAAAAAAUUGAUCUGUGACCCCUUGACCCCUUUUUUUUUCUUCUAAUGGAUCGUAGAAUAGUCCUGCCUGUAAUAUUGGCCUAAGAUUAAUUUUCUUGCUUAUAAAGUUCAUCAGGAUUUUUUAAGCUUAUCACAAAGUAUCGACCUGCAAUCGAAAUAAAAAUUGAAUCUGUUUUUCUUUUACAAUUUCCUCUUUCCAAUGUUCUUUUCGAAUAGUGUUUCAUCGGAAAGAGUUCGGUUAAUGCUACAUAACUUGUAAAUGAUAAUAGUAAUUGCAUAAUACACUAGAAAUACACAUAAAUUACGCUCCCCCACAUUCACUUUGCAUUCAAAAAUCAUCCAAAAAAUACAACUGAACAGAACUGGCCAACUAUAACUGCAACAAUAAAACAAAUUCAAAAUCUAAACCGAUAACCAAAACAAAACAAAAAACAUACAUACAAUGGAAACAAAUAUGGAAACCGAAUCCAAUAACGAAAAGAAUGAAAUAUUUUCAAAAUGAAACAUUUUAAAAUAAAACAAAGAAAAAAACAACAAAAAAACACAUUUUUACUUAAGAAAGCAUAAGGAAUGAAGGAAGAAGGCAGGAAGUAAGAUGAAGUAAGAAAUAAAAAAAAAACCAAACACCUCUAUUCAUAAAAAACAACAACAAAUAAAAAUAACAAAUAAUUUUAUAAAAAACAAUACAGAAAAUAAAAACUGAUAUGAGGAAGGAAGUAAGGAAGAAUGAAUAUAAAAAAUGGAAAACAAAUCAUUAUUUAAAUACAAAAAAAAGAAAAAAAAAACAAAACAAAAUCAACCAACAAAACUCUAGAGAAGACAGUCGACAACCAAAACCAACCAACCAACCGAUAUUUAACGGAACAAGGAAUGCAAAACAAACCAUAAUUACAACAACAAUAAUAACAACAACAAAUGAAAUCAAUAAUAAAUUAUGCAAAACAAAUAAAAAAUAUUUAGAAACAAAACAAAAAAUUAAUACUAAAACAAAAGUAACAUACAAUACGACAACAACAACAAAUUUGUUUUUACACAGAAGAAGAAAAAUAAAAUAACUCAUACCAACAACAACAACAAACUAAAAUAACAAAACAAAAAAACAUAUUUUUUCACCAUUAUAUAAAAAAACAGAAUAACAGUAAUAACAACAACAAAAAACCAAAAUAUAAUCAAUAACAAUAAACAUAUAUUUCACAUACCGACCACCACCACCCAUAUUCAAAAAAAUAAAUAAGAAACAAAACAAAAAAAAAUUAUUACAAAUACAACAAUAUCAUCAUUAUAAACCAAAUCCAGAAUCAUCAUCAAUAACCAAACACUUACACUCACAAACACACACACAAAUCCUAUUUUGUCCUCUUUAUAUUUUUGACUAUCCCUGGAAAAGAGGAGCCACAGGUGUUUCAGUUUUUAAAUAAUUUUUAUUUUUUACAACAUUGGCUGAAUAGUUUUAAAGGACGUUGCAAGGUAUCCAAACCAAAAAUAACAUUACUUUCUACCCUAAAAGUUUUUUUAAUUGUGUCCACCCAGGACAAAAAAAAAUGUUACCUUCUUAAUCGGAUAAUUUAAAUUCCUAUUAUUUAAGAAUAUGCUCUGUUCCAAAACCUCCAAGAAUGUAAAAAUGUUGCCUCGACAGCCGAUAUUUCCUUUGUGAUAUCGAAAAAAAUAUGUAAAAAUAAUAGUUUCUUGCAGGUUCUGGAAAAGAUCCAGAAAUAGAAGUCAAAAUACAAUUUAAUUAUAUUUGUCAAAAUGUGUAUCAUUAUCCCCAAUAUUGGAUCCUGGCAAUCCAUAACUAUUCAGCCCUUGUAAAAAAACCUUUCCAACUCCCCCAAAGAAUAUAUUUAAUUGUCCUGCUCCUCUAUAGAACAAAACUUAAAAAAAACAACACACUAAACCAAAAAAGUCUGUGGUGUCAUGCUGAUGAACAAAAAAAAACAACAUAAAAUUACAAAUGAUAAAAAAUAUGCCAGAAACUGAAGAUGAAAAAGGAGGGAGAGGGCCACAAGAUUCAGCCCAUUCCCUCCGAAAAGAAAUUAUGAGGAAGAAUUAAAAACAAAUAACAAAUUAUAUUUAAAUUUUAAGUAGUUGUAAAUAUUUGUGAAAACAAAAUAAAAAACAAACAAACAAAUCGAAAUAAAUAAAUAUUCAAUAAAGGAAAAACAAAGAAUGAAUGAAAAAAACAACAAACACACAAGAAAAUCAAUGUAAUUCUAAUUUGUAUUAAAAGAAAAGAAGACGAAACAAUUGAGUUAUUUUAAUAUUUUCUAAAACCAAACAAGAUUCCCAUUUUCUCAUACCUUCUCCCAUUGAAUUAUCGGUUCUGUAUUUCAAUUAGCUUUACAAUACAAUAUAUUAUUAACUGGAAAAUAUAAACAAUAUAACACAAUAAUCCCAAGCUCUCUUUUAUCAAAUUGGUUAUAAUUUUUUAUCUCUUGGCAAAAAUAUAAAAACCAUAACUCUGGGCAUAAAUCCCUUAAAACACCUAAUUUAGAAUUAUUUGCAAAUUAAAUGGGUAAAGCACAGUGGUAUCCAAAAGCCGUAUAUUAAUAUUUGAUUUAUAAACAUUUAAUAAAGUGAAACAGAAGGAGAUUUUAGGCCACAGUUUGACAAGUUUUCUGCCUGGAAUCUGUCAAAAAAGAAGAAACAAAAAAUAUAUUUAAUAAUUUACACGUCAAAAUUUUUAUUUAAAAAUUGUGUUUUGACAGCAAGAGAAUACAAAAUACCAACUGAGUGACACACGAAACCAAAAGCGGCCUUUUGAAAACAAAAGCGGCCAAUAUUAUCCUCUUAAUUUUUUGUAAAAUUCGUCCGAUAACGACCACUCCUUGCUCAUUUUCGAAGAAAAAUGGCCCAAUGAUGCCUCUAGGACAAACAGUGACUAGUUUUGGGUACAUAGGCUUUUCAAUGAAGGCAUGCGGAUUUCCUGUGACCCAAAUGCGACAAUUUAGCUGACUUACUUACGAAACCGUUUAUAUAUAUCAGAUAAAUAUAUCUUCUGAGCAAAAAUCGUGGUUGUUUUAAGGAAAAUCUUCAAGUAUCUUCUGAAUAAAAAUUUUGGAUUUUUAGUGGAAAAAAUGAAAGACAUCCCGACCAGACAUGUGUUUUUUCGUGGGGAAAAGGGUUAAACGUACCUCCUCACCAUAAAUCGUGGACUUUUUAAGAAGUUUUUCUAGUAAUAUACCUUCUGUGUAAAAAUCGUGGAUUUUUAAAAAAAAACUUCAAGCAUCUUAAAGAAAAAAGUUGAAAUUCCACUCUCUCUAAAGUCAAACAAUCUUGGAGAACUUCGUUGGGAUUUCUCGCAGAGUCCUUAGCUACAUAAUGCACUCUGCACUGUCGCUUUUAGGGUGUCCAACCAUGACCUGAUUCUAGCUCCCAUUUUAAGUCUAUUAAGGAAUGACCACGUCAUUAAAGUCCCUUUUUAAGUCUGCAGGAAGUGGUUAUGUCUAGGGAAAUUUGGCGCUUUCCUUGGGAGAAGUCAUUUUCAGCUCUUAACUCUAAAUGUUUCAGUGGCCUCUUUCUUUUCAGAAACUGUUUCCUUCUUCGAAACACAACUGGCCAGAGGUUCGUUAUACCAGUUCAUCUUGGCCCCUUUUUUAAAGAAAAGUUCUAUAAAAAAUGCCACAAAUUCAAAGUUCUGGAGACCGUGAGUCGUUCUAUUCCGUUCGUCAGUAUUUUUAUUGGAAUGACCAGGUACACAAUGCAAAUGGAAAAUUGUUUGCAGGUUAACCAAAACUAAUUAAAAUUUCUUCUUACGUUUAAUUUUGAUAUUCAAUGCCUUGAAUAUCCGACUGAUUAUUCUCAUAGAUAGGUUGUCAUUCCUGCUAGCUUAGUUCGCUUUAUUUAUCAGUUCUGCUGACAAAUUCUUCCAAUCGCUAUAGAAAAAUUAUAUUUGUAUUGAAUAGAAAAAAUUUCACAAAUUUUAAUUUUUUGGUUUGAUUUCUGUUCGAAAUGUUAAUAAAUUUUGAGUAAAAAUGGUAAGCAGCGAAAAAACUUCUCGAGAUUUAUACAAAAAAGUUUAUAUUCUCCCAAUUUCUAUAUUUUUUCACCCUAAAAGUAUUUUUGAUAAAAAUGAGAAAUGCAACUCCAGUUUCUUCACUUGUCUUGACAUAAUUUCGUUAAGAAAUUGGAGAGGGCUCCAAGUCCAUUUAUGUUCCGAGUUUUUAUAUCCUAUCUAACUUUCCAUUUCAUUAUUCAAUUUAUAAGGGGCUAACCCUAAAACUGUUAUGGAAACAAUUUAUUAUUAUGACCCUUAAUUAUUUUAUUAAGUAAUUUGGCAUUUCACAGAUUUUUACCGUUUUAUUUCUGGUUUUAUAAAAACCCAGGACUCUAUACCUUGUUGCUUCAAAAUAAUUUGGAGAUUCUGUUUUCAAUUUCAGUGUACUCUGAACCCACUGUGCUGUACCAUUGCUCCAUAAUAUUUUUUGUCUUUUUUUU